UUCCUUUUUUCUCAUACUUAUUCAACUUUGUAGGAAGUGCUGGCAUUCUUCUCCGAGCCGCCAACCGACUCCGAAGGCUGCGGGUUGCGACGGGUUGCUCGAAUCGGACGAGUAUGUCGCGACGAUGUUGGAGGAUUUGGGAAGCAUCAGCAUGAAUGGACGUCGUUUGUGAAGAGUCGCUUAGAUUGUGCUAUUGAAGGCAAAGAUCAAGAUACGCUCUAUUUCAAUCAGUUAGCAUCGGUCGCAGCUGGAGUACAUUUCCUCUACGGGGCUUUUCGAUCUCAACUAGCUGGUCUUGGCUCUUCGGCCAUUUGUGCCUACUCUCGCGCCACCAUCUCCCAUACAAUGGGAUCGGCAUUUCGCAAUAGGAAAGCAAAUUGCCCGAGGGCGAAUGAUACUUAUGAGCAUACCUACAUCCGAAACAACCCGCUAGUACCUACCAAGCUCUCUAACUCUCCGCUAUUUGUACAUUAUGGUAGUGACCGAUUUACAGAAAUUUUAGUGCAGGAAAACGUCGUGGACUUGGCUGGUCGCCAUAGUACGGUCUUCUUCAUCGCUACCGACCAAGGCAGAAUUUUCAAAGUCGUUAAAAAUGCAGCCAAAGCAGAAGCACGACAUGUUAGCUCUACAAAAGCAGUUGAGGCCUCAUCGCCUAUCAUUUCUCUUACGUCACAUGUAGAGCGGCGACCAAAUCAGCAAACAGCUAGAAGUCUUCUCAUUCUUACAACGACACAGGUAAAAUUUUGUACUGGAAAGAGUCUCGACAAUGUUUAG